CCCCGUAUAGCGGAGAUAGCGCUGUCUGUGCGCCUUUAAGAGCAAUCCUGGUCUCUGCACUAAGUCUCCAUCGCUGCGCUCUGAGGGACAAGACAGCCACAGCAAUGUCGGCCAGCUCGGCUUUCAACGAUGAAAAAGGGGGCUCCUCCAGCGUCGGGGAGCCGGAAUAUGGUCACGACCCGGCGAGCGGAGGGAUUUUCUCUUCCGACUACAAAAGACAUGAUGACUUAAAGGAGAUGCUGGACAGCAACAAAGAUUCUCUGAAAUUGGAGGCAAUGAAGCGGAUUGUGGCUAUGAUAGCCCGAGGUAAGAACGCAUCAGACCUCUUCCCGGCCGUGGUGAAGAACGUGGCCUGUAAGAACAUUGAGGUGAAGAAGCUGGUUUAUGUUUACUUGGUGCGUUACGCAGAGGAGCAGCAGGACCUCGCGCUGCUCUCCAUUUCCACAUUUCAGCGAGGCUUGAAGGAUCCCAACCAGCUGAUCAGAGCCAGCGCUCUGCGGGUGCUCUCCAGCAUCAGAGUCACCAUUAUAGUCCCUAUAAUGAUGCUGGCCAUCAAAGAGGCAGCUUCAGAUAUGUCACCAUAUGUCAGGAAGACAGCUGCCCAUGCAAUUCCUAAACUCUACAGUUUGGAUCCUGAACAAAAAGACCAGCUGAUUGAAGUCAUAGAGAAGCUCCUUGCUGACAAAACUACGCUGGUGGCAGGAAGCGUGGUUAUGGCUUUUGAGGAGGUUUGCCCGGAGCGUAUCGACCUGAUCCACAAGAACUACCGCAAGCUGUGUAACCUCCUGAUUGACGUGGAGGAGUGGGGUCAGGUUGUCAUCAUCAACAUGCUCACCCGCUACGCCAGGACCCAGUUCCUCAACCCCAACAUCAAUGAGUCCCUGCUGGAGGAAGGAGGCGGAGGAGAGAAGACCUUCUAUGGCUCCGAUGAUGAGGAGGAUGAAGACGAGGAGGACAAGGAGAAGAAAGCGGAGGCUGCUGCCAUGGCCAAGAGGAAGCCGUAUGUGAUGGACCCAGACCACCGGCUGCUGCUGAGGAACACCAAGCCCCUCCUGCAGAGCCGCAACGCAGCUGUGGUGAUGGCUGUGGCCCAACUGUAUUUCCAUCUUGCCCCUAAAGCGGAGGUUGGGGUGAUAGCCAAGGCCCUGGUCCGCCUCCUGAGGAGCCACAGUGAAGUUCAGUUUGUUGUUCUUCAGAAUGUGGCAACGAUGACUAUCAAGAGAAGGGGGAUGUUUGAGCCUUACCUGAAGAGUUUCUACAUCCGCUCCACCGACCCAACCCAGAUCAAAAUCCUUAAGCUGGAGGUCCUGACCAAUCUGGCCAAUGAGACAAACAUUUCCACCAUUUUAAGAGAGUUUCAGACAUACAUUAAAAGCAUGGAUAAAGACUUUGUGGCUGCCACAAUCCAAGCCAUCGGCCGCUGUGCGACCAACAUCGGCGAGGUGAGGGACACGUGUCUGAACGGCCUGGUCCAGCUGCUGUCUAACCGAGACGAGCUGGUGGUGGCAGAGUCAGUGGUGGUUAUCAAGAAGCUUUUGCAGAUGCAGCCAGAGAAGCACAGCGACAUCAUCAAGCACAUGGCCAAGCUCACAGACAACAUCCAGGUGCCCAUGGCACGAGCAAGUAUCCUCUGGCUGAUAGGGGAGUACUGUGAGCAUGUUCCCAAGAUCGCCCCGGACGUCCUGAGGAAGAUGGCCAAGUCGUUCACCAACGAAGAAGACAUUGUCAAGCUCCAGAUCAUCAACCUGGCUGCCAAGCUCUAUCUCACCAACUCCAAACAGACCAAACUGCUGACUCAGUACGUCCUCAACUUGGCCAAGUACGACCAGAACUAUGACAUUCGUGACCGGGCGCGCUUCAUCCGUCAGCUCAUCGUGCCCACUGACAAGAGCGGUGCCCUCAGCAAAUAUGCCAAAAAACUGUUCCUCGCCCUCAAACCCGCCCCUGUCCUUGAGUCUCCAUUCAAAGACCGAGACCACUUCCAGUUGGGUUCAUUGUCCCAUCUGUUGAAUGCCAAGGCUGGGGGCUACCAGGAGCUGCCCGAUUGGCCUGAAGCCGCCCCAGACCCCUCCGUGCGCAACGUGGAGGUGAAGGAGUCUGUUAUUACGCUGCUCGAAAGAGUCACAACAUUAACGAGUGUGCCUGAAUGGACCAAAUGCAGCAGCCGUGAGAAGAGGAAGGAAAAGAAAGUUGAGAAGCCAUUCUAUUCUGACUCGGAGGGCGAGUCUGGGCCGACGGAGUCUGCCGACAGUGAGUCAGACUCUGCCAGCGCCUCAGAGAGUGGCAGUGGUAGCGGCAGCGGCAGUGAAGAGAGCGGGUCAGGAUCAGAGAGCGAAGAGAGCGAGGAGGGCUCUGAGUCUGAGGAAGAGGAGGAAGAGGAGGAGGAGAAGGAGAAGAAAAAGAAAAAGAAAGAAUUAAAGAAGCCGGUGCAGGAGAGUGAAAGUGAGCAGAGCAGUGAAGAGGAGGAGAGAAAGAGGAAGAACAAACAGCAGAAGAGUGACUCUGAGUCCGAAUCUGAUGAGGAGGAAGAGAGUGUGUCUGAGAGCAGCCAAUCAGAAGAGGAGUCUGAGGACUCAGAGUCCGAGGCAGAGGUCAAACAGAAAAAGAAGACAGCCGCAUCUAAACCUCCUUCCAAGCCUGCCAAAAAAGAGAACAAGAAAGAAAAGAAAGAAAUGUCUCUACUUGACCUUGAUGACUUUGAACCUACUCCCUCUCCUCAAGUCACGCCCGUAAACACCUUCCUGUCCAGCAGCCUGGUGACCGAUCUGGAGGGCUUAUCGUUGACGGAUACUGUUCUCGCCCCAGCAACCAUCGCUCCGUCCAGCGCGCUAAAGAGCUUUGAGCUGCUGCACCGGAUCACAGGGGAGGGUCUGUCGGUGGAGUACUGCUUCAGCCGGCAGCCGUUCAGCCCCGACCCUCACAUGGUUGCCGUGCAGAUCCAGUUCACCAACAGCGCCGCCACUGAGGCGAAGAACCUGCACAUGGAGGACGCCAAGCUCCAGUCUGGGAUGAGGGUCAAGGAGUUCCCAGAGAUUGAGGUACUGCCAGCAGGUGAGACGACAACAGUCGUGAUGGGCAUCGAUUUCUGUGAUUCAACGCAAGCAGCAAACUUCCAGCUCUGCACUCAUACCAGGAAAUUCUUUGUGUCGAUCCAACCACCAGUCGGAGAGCUGAUGACACCAGUCUUCAUGACAGAGAACGAGUUUAAAAAGGAGCAAGAGACGCUAUUAAAGAACAUAGGUCAACUCAUGGGUAUGAAUGAGAUCACAGAAAAGUUGACCCUGAGCGACAAGUGCCAGAACGAACACGCCAUCGUCCAGAGGGUGACCACUGCUGCCAACCUCAGCCGAGUGCCCUGCGGUUCAGAUAAGGAGUGCAGUCCUCCUGUCCCUCCUCCUGACCUUCCUGUCCACAGGUUCGCCGGCAGGACGGUGACCAGUGGCAGUUUGGUGUUGGUCACCGUGGCGACCAAAGAGGAGAGGGCCGCCCAGCUGACAGUCAACUGUGAGAAAAUGGUGAUCGGCACGAUGUUGGUGAAAGACAUCCUCCUGGCUUUGACGCAGUGAUGUGCUGCUGCUUGACCUUUGCCCUCUGUCCCCUCCCUCGACGACCCAGCUGUCACAUAUCCCGACAACUUCCACUAAAUGUCGCUCAUCACAUCUGUAGCAUCUCCUUCAUAAGUGGUGUCAGUGUGAGGGAGUCUCCAGAAUGUUCAGUUUUCUGUUUAAGAGCCCUAGUUUUAGGAAUCACUACUUGAAACAAACUACCGAGUGCAACAGCCACACACCAUCUAUAUGACAAUCAGAAAAGAUUCAUGCUGGGCCUGUGAUAGUUUAAAGGAUCAUUUCUGGCCACAGUGAAUAUUAAACCUGUUUUCCAAAGUGCCCUGUCUCUCUUCUAAAAAAUUCCUAUGGGUUUUUACGCCAAUAUCAGUUAUCAUGCGGCGUAUUUUUCUCUCUCAAGCAAUUCCAAAUGAUAUCAAAGCAAAAUUUGAGAUGGCCAACUCAGUAGUUCCUAUCCAAAAUGCAUGCAAAUGUUUUGAAUUUGUGGGCAAGGAAGUAGAAUAUUUUUGCUUCAAAGCUACAAUACUGGCAACAAUUCUGAAAAAACAAAAAACAAAAAAAAAAAACAGUAUAUAAAUAAAAAAGUACCUAAUCACCUCUCCAACCAGCCUGGUGACUUUCGCCAAAAACUCUCACCAUAAUCUUGGCUUAGACGUUGUUGUAUACACAGAGGUCGCACCCGGGACAACACUUCUCACCAAUUUAGUGACAUUCUCUGUCGUUACAUCCCACCUCAGCUGUUUCUUAUGCACUAUUUCAGAAUUCAGUAAAAAAUGUAGUAAAUAAGGCAAACAGAUUUCUACAAAGUCCCACUGGUGAUGAGUCCCCACCAAACACAAAAAAGGAAAAUGACAGGAAUAAACAAGAGAGAGGGAAAGCACUCUGGAAACUGGGCGUAUCAUUUACCAUGGGCCAAAUUAUUCUGUCAGGAAAGCCUGUUGUGCUGAAUUACUCUCCUGUGAGUAGCUAACUGUAAUUUGGUAGGGUUUAAUUAGCUGAAGAAGAGACUAUAGAAUAAGCAUUAUUAAUGGUCACCUGGUUAUUUCAGCAGAGGAGGAAUAUAGCAUGAGAAGACAACAAGCAUUUGUCUUGAUCAAGAGAGGUAGCUGGAUCAUUAAUUGGCAUAAUUAAUGAAAAAUGUGCUUGAUAGAUGAUUUUCAUUUCAGCUUCUGCAAAUCUGAUUUUCCAAUCAUAGUAUUUGUUGCACCUGUACUUUUAACAUUUACCUGUCAUAGUGUGUAGGAUUCUUCGAGUGAGGGCAUUUAUAAAAAGUAAAAGCUGUAUAAAUGUUAUUGUAUGGAUUGUACGGAACAUGUAAUACAGUAAUACUAUAAGGCGUGCGUGCGUGUGUGUGUGUGUGUGUGUGUGUGUGUUUGUGGGCGUGGUGAAAUUUAAUAUUGGGCUGUCAAACAGAGGUCAAUCAGCCUUUUUCCAAAAGGAGUUUGGCUAACACUGUACUUGGAAGUGCAUUAUGGGGGAUCUGCGGCACAUUAUAAUCAUAUCCAAAAAUGACAUUACACCGGAAAAUAUGUAUGAAUCCAAAUUUUGCUAUCAGAUUGUUAAGAGCGGCACAAGUCACAUCAGAAAACAUGCAACAAGUAUUCUUUAUAAACUAUAAAAAAGGGAUUUGUGGAUGAUUUUAACUCUGUAAAAAUAACAAAACUGAACAUUUGUUACUGCGGUGCUGUUCAAACUUUGUCCUUAGGCUGUAAUGACAAGUUUACGAUUAUUUAAUACUUAGCCCUCUUUCCUGCCAAAAAAAUGUCAUCCAUAGGCUACAUGUCAGUGGCAGUUCUUCUGUGCAGUGAGCUUUGCAGUGGCUACUCCAUCAACGUUACUACUUACACUUAACGUGCUACCGGUAACGUGUGUAUGAUGCUUCAGAGGAAAUUUUCAAAUUGACUGUUACCAUCAUCUCAGUCACCAGUCCACACUGUUUUCAUGCCUUUCAUUCCGUUAUGAUUUCAGGUCAAAGGUCAUGCUUCAUGGCAGGAAACGUUCAACAAAAAAGUGGCUUCUUUUUCUUUUUUUUUUUUUUUUGGUGCCCGUAGAUGUGGUUUCACAUUACCUAUCUAGAAUUCAUUAUUUAUGUAUUUAUUUAUUUAUUGUUUCUGUACUGCUGGAAAAUGUAACGGCUAUCUAUUUUACCAAAGGAGGACAUGGAAUUUUCAGCCCCUAGAAAGGCGAGCAGUAGUGGAGUGACAGCCGUGCUUUGUUUUGGCCUUUUUUGUACAUUGUGUAUUGUUUACCGUUUGAUCCUGCAGAACCAUCGUUUCCAGUCACUGCAGAUCAGUCAUAGUAAAGAAUGUAGGGAGUGUGAAAUGCUUAAAAGUGACUUACAUGCUUAAAAAAUGAAAAGAAAAAAAUUAGGUGGGGUAAAGCUGUCCUUGAAAUCAUAAUUCAUGCAAUGAGCAUUGAUUGGUCUCUUUCAUCCACACUGGCUUCCUCCUUCAAAUAUCCAAAACCUGGUUCUUCAUACCCUUUGUGUGGUUGUGAAAUGUGGUCUUGAAGUAUUACAACUUUAUUUAUUAUACAAAUAAAAAAAGUCAAUAA